AGGGCUUGAUUCAUUAUCGAAGAGGGUUUUUGAGGUUUUCCAACUCUGAAGGCAAAGAAUGGCAGCUCUCGGCGUCGCUCGAAGAGCUCUUCUCCGCGUUUCUCCAUCGUCUUCGGUGUUUUCCAAUCGAUGCCUCAAUGCCACUUCUCCUUCUUCUUCGGUUCCGAUCUUUGCUCGGAUCUCUCGUCGCAGGCUUCCUCUCAACAUCGCGAGGCUUCCGGUGGAGUUGGCUUGUGCUCAGUCAUUGAUGCCAUAUCAUAGUGCCACUGCUUCUGCGUUGCUUAAUUCAAUGCUCUCCUCAAAGUCUGGGAAUUGGGGUUGGCUUUCAGAAGGGUUUGCAACACCUCUAUAGCAGUGCUAAUGGUAUAGAUGAAGGCAUGAACCCACUACUUUCACAGCAGUUGUACUGUCUUUUCUUAACUUAGAUAACACUCUUAAAUUUUGAUUUGAAUGUCAGUUAUUACAUUGGAGAUGGUUUCUGAUUCUAAAAUCAUGUGCCUUCUCAAAAUAAAUUCCAUAAACAUCAUCAUUGUUCUAUAAUUUAACUUGCAACACAAUCUGAAUUGAGCUUAUCCAAAGAA